GUGCCCUUACCUGGCGAGGCGGUUGAGGGGUGUCCCGGGGGCGGGGCUUGCAGGCAGGAGCAGCUGCGCUUCCAGCGUUCCAUGUGCAUGUCGCUCAGGUGGUGGAGGCCAUCCGGCUGGGGGACAGGCCGCAGGGCAUGGACGCGGAGGAGGCCGCCGUGUGGGCUCUCUGUGACGAGCUGCUCGCCCCGGGCAUGGAGGUCGGCGACGAGAGCUACGCGGCCGCGGUCAAGGUGCUGGGCGAGCAGCGCGUCUUCGAGGUGGCUUCCACGGUGGGCUACUACACCACGCUCAGCGCCAUCCUCAAGACCUUCGGGGUGCAGCCCCCCCCGGGCGAGGCGCCGCCGAUCCCGCCGCCGGCGCGGCUCUGAGGGGUACGCCGCGGAGCGGCCGCGGCGCGGCCGCGGCGGCGGUGCCCGCCCAGAUCGAGUGGCUACCGCGCGGAUGAGGACAA